AUGCUCACGCUUCUGGAGCCGCCCGGGGCAAAACGAUCCCCGAAUGUCGGCAAUUACAACAACAGAUCGGCUCAACACUUGUUAAAUUUAGCACCAGAAGAUGAAGACUUGUAUGAAGCAUACGACGAAAACGAGGACUACGCAGAAAACGAAAGAACCGGAAAUAUCCUCACAAGAUUUCUGGACCGAUACCUCGUUGGACAAUCAUCAUCUGCCGAUUACAACGAUCGAUGGAAGCGGGAGUUUCGAGCUAGGCCCUCAUGGUGCGAUGCCGAUUUGUGCCUGCAACAAAUAAAUCGGGGAAAAGCGACGGGUAAUCGAUAUGCUCUCUACUCCAGAAGUUUAAUCCAAAAGCUUCUAUUCGCUUUGGGAAAUGCCGUUCAUCGGAAUGCUUGGUCCAUCAUCAUCACCAUCUCCUUGAUAUUCGCAUUUUGUUGCUUCGGGCUGCAAUACGUGAAAAUCGAGACUGACAUUGUGAAGUUAUGGGUAGCACAAGGUGGACGGUUAGAUGAAGAACUAAACUUUUUGCCGAACAUGAAAAAACUGAUGAAAGAGGAAGCUAACAACACUGGAACUGAGCUACCGAAAGAAAAUGGGCUAGGUGGUGGAUAUCAAGUUUUGAUUCAAACACCCGAAUUCGAAGGACAAAAUGCAUUGGAUCAACAACCACUUCUUAAACAUGUUGAGAUAAUGAGGCAUAUUGCGAGUUUCAAUGUAUCUGUUCACGGAGUUGACUGGUCCCUAUCCGAUCUCUGUUUCAAACCGGCUCCCCCAGCUGUUGAUCCAGGAUCUGCCGCUGCUAACAUCGAUGAUGUAAUCGACAGGAUCGUUCCAUGCAUUUGGAUUACUCCAAUCGACUGCUUCUGGGAAGGAGCGAAAGCACUUGGUCCAAAUCCACCCCUUCCUAAAAAAAGUCUUGGACCUUUGGGAGCGUUUAUAAGUUCUCUACCUGACAAUGAUAUGAUCCGUUGGUCAGAUUUUGAUCCCAUCAAAGUUAUUGGUGAGAUUCAUCGGACGUUCAAUCUCGGAUCUCAUUAUACUUUCUUUGAACGAGCUGGAGUUGGUCAUGGAUAUAUGGAUCGCCCUUGUAUAGAUCCGCUCGAUCACGAGUGUCCACCGAUGGCCAAAAACCAUUUCGACGUGUGUCCAUACAUCGAUAAAAUUCGGGAGACUGCACAAAAAUACGGAACGGAUAUCGUUGAAGAGAAGAAAAAAGAAGAAGAAGGUUCUGAUUGGUUUUCAUGGUUCGGCAGAAAGAAGAGAGAAACUGACAUAGAUGCGCAAAUGAUUCAUCCAGCUCAACCAGCUGAUUCGAUUCCAGUUGUUGAAGGAGCUGUUCCAGCGGAUAUUCCUACAACAAUCGAUGAUUCUCCCAUUCUCCCAGCAACUACACAAUCACCAGAGGAAAUUCAAAAGCGAAAAGACCGAGAGUUGAAAGAACAUUGUCAGAAGUACCGAAAGUCCGCUUUCGAAUGGUUGAAACAGAACAGAGACAAGUGGGCGGAAGUCAUGACUGAAGAUAUGUAUCCAAAAAAUGUCAAUUAUGCAGCUGAAAUGACUGGUGGAUGUAGCGGAUUCGCAUCGAACGUCCUUCAUUGGCCAGAAGAUAUGAUUCUUGGAAAUCCUCGUCGUGAGAAAACGCCAGGAAAUCUCACAGGAGCCGAUGCUCUUCAAUCAGUAUUUCUCGUUGCUAGCCCGGAUGAUGUAUUCCUUCGAUUCCAACAAAAACCAGGAAGAAAACCCAUGAAACCUGGAUUGGACUACUCGAUUUGGAAUAAGACAGCUGCUGAAAAAGUACUUCAAGCAUGGCAGAGGAACUUCACGAAGUCUAUAUAUACCCAUGUAGCCAACUUUGAUGAACAUGGAAAUGAGAGAAGAACAUUGCAUCCACUUGCUUCUACCUCAAUCGCUGAUAUGCUUGAGGAAUUCUGUCAAUUCAACUACACUAUCAUCUUCGCUGGAUAUGCUCUUAUGCUUGCUUAUGCCAUCGUCACUCAAGCUCGUUUUGACAAUUGUCUUCCAGCUACAGAAUCUUCGAUGGGACUUGCUCUUGCUGGAGUAUUAGUCGUGACAUUUGCUUCAGUUGCUGGACUCGGUCUUGCCACGUGGUUUGGAAUCGAAUUCAAUGCUGCUACAACACAGAUUGUCCCAUUCCUCACUCUUGGAAUCGGUGUUGAUAAUAUGUUCAUGUUGUUGCAUAACUACCGUGACGUCGUGAAACUUGCCGGAGGACAUGCGGAGAUGGCGAUAUUGAUGAGAGAAACUGGAAUGUCGAUUCUGUGUACUUCAAUUAACAAUAUCCUUUCGUUCCUCACUGGAACGUUACUGCCAAUUCCUGCACUCCGAUCAUUCUGUGCUCAAUCAAGUAUCUUGCUCACGUUCAAUUUCAUCGCAAUCCUUACCAUCUAUCCAGCGAUCAUUUCAAUCGAUCUUCGAAGAAAGAAAGCUCAACGCCGUGAUUUGCUAUGUUGUUUGUAUGGGGACACUCGUGAAGAGUCGUAUUCUAUGAUUUCGAAGCCAAAGAUUCAAAACAAACGUAUUAUUGGAGCUCCAUCAGAAGCUUCUAUUAUGCAACAGUUCGACGGAAUUACACAAGCCCAAAUGGCUUCCAGCGACGAUCCAGCUCCAUACUCACUUCAUGCAUUCAUUAGAUAUUAUUACAUUCCAUUAAUCUCGAGGCCAGCUUGUAAAGUUGCUGUUAUUAUUGGUUGUCUUACACUGCUCGCUGCUUCGAUUUAUGGAAUGCAACAGUCGACUCUUGGUUUGGAACUCGGCGAUGUCCUACCUGAGCACACAGCUCCAGCUCAAUUUUUGAGAGCCAGAGACAAAUAUUUCAGUUUCUAUCCAAUGUUCGCGGUUAUCAAAGGACCGAAUAUUGACUAUGCCCUUCAGCAACGUCAAAUCGAAAACUAUCGUAUAUCAAUGGGAGCUUCCAAAUUUAUCAUCAAGAACAAACACCAAGAACCAUCAGAGAAGUACUGGCUAGGAUUGAUGAGAGAUUGGUUGAUUAGCAUACAACGUGGUUUCGAUGAAGAACUUGCUAAAGGGUCUUUCGAUCUGGCAACUGGAACCAUUAUCGGAAACAACGUCUCUGAAGAUGCUCGUAUUGCUCAUGCGCUGAUGUGCUCUCAUGGUGAAUUAUACGAGUGUGCUGGACGAGUUGGAAGGAUUCGCCUAGUCGAUGCCAGCGGAAUGAUCAAUUAUGAUGGUUUUUACAACUAUUUGACCGCUUGGUACAAUGUCGAUCACAUGAUGUACUACGUUUCGCAAGCUUCAUUCUUCCCAACACCACCAAAAUGGACUUUAAUGAAGAAUCACACCGAGAACUACAUUCCAGCUGCAAAACCGCUUGUCUACUCGCAGAUUCCAUUCUACUUGACUGGUCUCACGGACACGACAGUAAUUGUGAAAGCUAUCAAGGAGAUUAGAGACGUUUGUGAAAGAUUCAACGAACUAAAAUUGCCAAACUUCCCUCAAGGAAUUGCUUUCACAUUCUGGGAGCAGUAUCUUUUCUUAACUGGCAAUCUCAUGCAAGCUAUUUCGAUUAUCACGAUUUCCGUCUUCUGUGUAAUCUCGGUGCUUCUUUUCAAUCCAUGGGCAGCGGCUAUGGUAGUUUGCAUUCUUGGAAUCAUGACAUGCGAACUUGCUGGGUUCAUGGGACUCGUCGGAAUCAAACUCAAUCCAGUAUCAGCAGUAACACUUAUCACUGCGGUUGGAAUCGGAGUCGAAUUCACCGUUCAUGUUGUCGUUUCCUUCUUGACAGCACUUGGAACUAGAGCUCAACGGACGUCAUCAGCUGUCGAUCGAGUAUUUGUCCCGGUUAUUCACGGAUCCUUCUCCACAUUGCUUGGUAUCUUGAUGCUUGGAUUUUCAGAAUUCGAAUUUGUUGUCAAAUAUUUUUUCAUUGUUAUGACUGCUCUAAUUGCAACAGGAAUUAUCAAUGGUCUUAUUUUACUUCCAGUUCUGUUAUCUUGGUUUGGUCCAAAACGAGAAAUCUCACCUGCCGACGGGAAAACGACACUCGCUUUGCCACCACCAUUGCCAAAAAACUUGAAUUCAUCACGAUCAGGCGGUGAUGAUUCUGAUGAGGAUGAUGAGCCGAGCGGCCUUGAAUCUCUGGAUGGAUUUGUUGAAGAUGAACAAGUGACGGUCAUCGAGAAUCGAGCAAACGACACAGUUUUAGUCGAAGAUGAUAUUAGUUUUGGAGAGGGUAGAGUGGAUUUAGAUGAUACUAUCAGUCGAAUGCUAGAUUCAAGUGAAGACGAAGAGGAGAGAGACGAAGAACCAAAAAAUGAUGCACUCGCGAAUCUUUUGAAAUCAUUUCGAGAAGUUGAACCAACGGGAGAACAAGACGAAGAAGACGUUUCAAAUGUUAGUAUCGAUAUAUUUGGAGAUACAACCAGAGAAAGAGAAGAAAAUGAAGAAGUAGACGAUGAAAAUAUGGAGACGAUAGUUGAGGAAGCAAUAUUGUUACCUGUUUAUGUUCCUGACGGAAAGGAAAUUCCAACAAGAAAACGUCAUGUAGAAUCUACAGAAUGUGAACCUUCCACUUCUUAUAAAACGGCAACCAUUCCUGCCGCUCUCGGUAUUGAUGGUCCUGUUGGUUUAGUCAGUUCGGAAGUUGGAGAUCAACGAUAUCAACCGAAAACUAUCAACAUUCACGGACAGACUUUUGAGAUAAAUAGCUUUAACGAUUACAUGAGAAUGAAGAUUACGAAGUUGAAUCAUCAAGUGAACAGUGAAAAAUCUAAACCAUUUGAAAAAGUCUCAGAAACAUUGAAAGGAUAUUCAGUGUUUGUAAAUGGAUACACAGAGCCUCCAGCCCUUGUUAUUCGAGACCUUAUGAUGUCACAUGGUGGUGAGUAUCACUGUUAUUAUCAACAUGGAAUCACCACUUACACAAUAGCUUCUUCAAUUGCAACAGCAAAAGUUAACAGAAUCAGAGAGAAAGAGAUUUUCAUCAAGGCUGACUGGAUUACCGAAUCAAUUGCCGCAGGAAAACCACUCGAUUAUCGGGAUUUUCUGAUAUACGAGAAAGGUUCACAAGAGAAAGGACAAAUGCAACAAUUCUUAAAUUCGGCAAGAUCUACUAAUACUGUAACUGAGAAAGAAAUAACCAGUCCAAACAGGUUUCAAGAUGCUCGGAAUCCGAAUUUCAUUCGAGAUUAUUAUGCAAGAAGUCGGCUACAUUUAAUUUCAACUCUUGCUCAAGAUAUGAAAGAUUUUGUAGCAAACUUGAAAAUGGAUGGAAAAAUGACUGAAAAGUGUUUUGCGGAAGAAGAAUUAAGGGAAAUAGGACAUGCAGCGAGUAAAACAAAUUUAGGGAAUACGGUAUUUCAUGUGGAUUUGGAUUGUUUUUUUGUCUCAGUGGCUGUCAGAGAUCGAAUGGAUUUGAAAGAUAAAGAAGUAGCUAUCACGCAUAGCAAAGGAACAGUUUCAAACAGUAUGAGCGAAGUGGCAUCAUGCAGUUACGCAGCUAGAAAUUGUGGAGUGAAAAAUGGAAUGCUCGUGAGAGAUGCUUUACAAAAAUGUCCUCAACUGACGCUUCUUCCUUAUCAAUUUGAUGACUAUGUGUUAGUUAGCCGUCAAAUUUAUCAAAUUUUGGCCAGUUACACAUUGGAACUGCGUGCUGUCUCUUGUGAUGAAAUGUAUAUUAACAUGAGCAAUUUAUGUGAGAAAUACGGUAUAAAUGAUCCCACUGCUCUUGCUGAGCACAUUCGUAAAGUGAUACGGGAGAAGACAAGAUGUCCAGCCAGUGUUGGAAUAGGAUCAACCAGUUUAUUGGCUCGGCUUGCAACAAGACAUGCGAAACCAGAUGGAGUAUUUUGGAUUACUGAAGAAAAAAAGAAUGAGUUUAUGGCAGACGAAAGAAUCAGAGAUCUUCCUGGAGUCGGCUUUGAAAUGACGCACCGAUUAAGUUCUUUUUUCGGCGAUAUCACAAAAUGUAGUCAACUCCAGCAAAAAACGAAAAGAGAACUUAUUCCGGUGUUCGGACCAAAAUUAGCUACAAAAGUAUUCAAUCAAUGUCGCGGAACCGAAGAAGAUCCUGUUGAUUUCUGGAAAACUCAGAUUAGAAAAUCAGUUUCCUGUGAUAUUAAUUAUGGAAUCAGAUUCACAAAAAAAGAAGAAGUGUUGCAACUGAUGACAGCGAUUGGUACAGAGUUAGAGAGAAAAUUGACCGAUAGUAAAACGAGUGCAGGGUCUUUAACUCUAAAAUUAAUGGUGCGAUCAGCUGAUGCUCCUCUCCAAACUGCCAAGUUUAUGGGACAUGGAAUUUGUGAUAUUUUUACGAAAACAUGCAAUCUUUCUGUAGCGACAAAUCGAGGCGAAACUUUAACAUCAGAAUCUAUGAGGCUAUAUGCCAAAGUAUCACCGAAAGUUGAAGAUCUUCGUGGAGUUGGAGUAACUUGCGGAAAAUUGAAAAGUAAAAUUAAAAAAGACGCUGCAACAGCUGUUCAAGAAAUGUUUGGAAUAGGAAGAAAGGAAGAAAUCAGCCGAAAUCCAGUGAAUCCGAGAUCAAAAAAAACAAUAUCAUCAAAUAUACGAGAACAAGACGAAGAUGAUGAUCGAGAUAUGCGUAUUCAAAUGAACGAACCACGAAUUCCUUCGUGUUCAAUCCAACAUCUGAAACGAAUACCUCAUCCAACUGAAGUUCGAAUAUCAAAUGAAAUCGAUAUUCCCGGAAUAUUGAAACUUUCUAGAAGCCAUAUACGGAAGUCGGUGAAAGCUUCUGAAUUGGAGGAAGAAAACAGUGUGGAUCUGAGUGAAAAGUGCAUAUCUAUAUUGGAAAAGUUUUUGCAGAGCGAACCAACGAAAGAACAUGUAUUGGAUAUUCAUGAGAUCCUCUCAACAUUGUUAAUCUCUGGGAAACUGCUGACAUUAAAAUCUGUGCUUCAGAAGUUUGAGGAGAUGUCGAUGAAUUCUGAGAAGUCCCACGAAGAUUGGUUCACAGUAUUUCAUUCUAUGCAACCAUAUAUCAAAGAAGAAUCGACGAAUUUAUUCGAAUAUCCAUUGGAGUCAAUAGAUGGACGAACUUCCAAAUGUGCAAACCGUUGUAUUGGAAACUCAAAGAUUAAUCAAAAAACUCUGAUUCCAAGAGAAGUAUUUGUUCCAGACUCAACUAAUGACGAUAAAUGA